AUGAAACACACUUUAAAGAAUCAAAUUAACUAAAGUAAAACUUCAAUGAAUCAUUAUGAUUUAUAAUCAAUUGAAAAUAAUAAGGAGAAUAGAUUAGCAAAUAAAAUAUUAUCAAGUAUAGAAAGUAAGAUUUCAUUUGUAAGCAAAUUGAAAACAAGUUCAUUUGAAAAUCAUAAAAUAAAGAGUUAAGACAUUCAAAAAGAUAAAGAUAAUAAUAAAAUAUUAAAAAAUCCUAAAAUAUAGUUAAAUUCAUAAACGAAUGUUAAAAAACCAUUUUGUAGAAUUACCAACAUUUUGGCAAUUUAUACAGAAGAAAAAUAAGAAGAAUAAACAAUAAAACCAAUGAAAAACAAUUUAGAUUUAAAUUAAUUGUGUAAUUAAGAUAUAUAAAUUGGGAAUUUUAGAUUAGAAUCAAUUUUAGGCUAAGGUUCAUAUGCAACUGUAAGAUUAUGUAUUGAAAAAAAUAGUAAAAUGAAAUAUGCAAUAAAAAUAUAUGAUAAAAGUAAAAUAAAUGACAAUUAAAAAAUGAAUAAUAUUAAAAGAGAAAUCUCAAUAUUAAAAAGAAUUAAUCAUAGUAAUAUCAUUAAAUUGAUUUAUGCUAUAGAAGAUAGAAAAUCAGUAUUAAUUUAUAUAUCAUAGAUCAAUUUAGUGAUGGAAUAUAUAUCUAAUUAGUCAUUAGCUGUUUAUGUUAAAUCCAAAUCCAAAAGAUUACUACCAACACAAGAAGGUUUAUAUAUUUUUCAAUAAUUGGCUAAUGCAAUUAAAUAUCUACAUAGCAAAAAUAUAGCACAUAGAGAUAUUAAAAUGGAAAAUAUUCUUCUAUUAACAGAUAAUUAUGUGAAAUUAAUAGAUUUUGGAUUUUCUAUUUGCAUUUAAGAUAAUUAAAAGGUUAAUGUUUUUUGUGGAACUCCAAGUUAUAUGUCUCCUGAAUUGGUUUCCAAAGUAUAAAUAAUUAUAAUUUAGAUACCUCAUAACCCUAUAUGCUCAGAUAUUUGGUCAUUAGGAAUAUUGCUAUAUAGAAUGCUCUUGGGGGAAUAUCCUUUUAAAGGAUAAAAUGACAAAGAAUUAUAUAAAGCAAUACAAUAGAAUAAAGUUAAGUUACCAAACGAUAUGAAUUAAAAUAUUACUUAUUUAAUUAAAGGUUGUUUAGAGAAAAAUGUUAAUUAGAGAUUUACAAUAGAAUAAAUAUUAAGUAAUCCUUUAUUUUAAUAAACUGUGAAUAUAUAUGCAUUAUCUUGA